CUUCAGGCAUAAAUAGCAAGACUCCUACUGUCUUCUCUUGCAGACCAACUCAGCUGCCAGCAAAAGCAGGUGCUCUCCCCCAACCAGUGCUCCAGAGGAAUAUUUAGGAAUGGAAAACCUGAUGUUUGUCUACUGCUCCUGCAAAGUUAUCUGGACAGUACUCGUAGCAAUACUAGGUUAUGCCAGCAGCUUGCCUGUGGGGGAUGAUUCUAUUUGCACAGCAGAAGAACUUGCUAAGUACAGGAUAAUCUUCACAGGGAAAUGGAGUCAGACUGCUUUCCCUAAGCAGUAUCCACUCUACAGGCCCCCAGCACAGUGGUCAUCCAUGCUAGGUGUUACUCAUAGUUCUGACUACAGCAUGUGGAAAAAAAAUGAAUAUGCCAGCAAUGGUGUACGUGAUUUUGCUGAAAAGGGUGAAGCAUGGGUAUUAAUGAAAGAAAUAGAAGAAGCUGGAGAGAAAAUUCAGAGUGUACAUGGAAUCUUCUCUGCUCCUGCAAUUUCCAGUGGUACAGGACAAACCUCUACUGAAUUAGAAGUGCAUCCAAGACAUCCCUUAGUUUCAUUUGUUGUACGAAUUGUUCCAAGCCCCGACUGGUUUGUGGGUAUUGACAGCCUAAAUCUCUGUGAAGGAGAUCACUGGAUGGAUGAAGUAUCAGUAGAUCUAUUUCCAUAUGAUGCUGGAACUGAUAGUGGAUUCACAUUUUCCUCCCCAAACUUUGCCACUAUUCCACAGGAUACAGUUACAGAGAUCACUUGUUCCUCUCCAAGUCACCCAGCAAACUCAUUUUAUUAUCCAAAACUCAAAAUUUUGCCACCUAUUGCUCAAGUAACAAUGGUGAAACUAAAGAAAAGCCAGCUGGGUCUUUCUGCGCCUUAUAUUAAUCUUCCAGCUAAAAGCAAUGAAAUAAUAGACUCUGUCUCAGAAACACCACUGGACUGUGAGGUUUCACAAUGGUCUUCAUGGGGUCUCUGCAGAGGUGUUUGCAGAGAAACAGGGACCAAGACCAGAACUCGUUUUGUACUUCUUCAUCCUGCCAAUAAUGGAAUGCCUUGUCCAAAUCUGGACGAAGAAACAGGAUGUGAACCAGAAAAUUGUGUCUGAAAUAUGCAAAUUAUAAUAAUUUAGCUAAUUUAAAAGUAGGAUAAAUUCAAAGCUAAUCUACACAUCAGUCAAUGUUCUUUACAAUCUGGAUAUGCUGCACAAUUUUGCUGAGAAGGUGUAUUAGAGUGGUUUUGACAGUUGUUAUUUAAUAUUAAGAUGUGAGGGGUUAAAUUCCUAAGGUUUAGUAUGACAACAGUACUCGAUCAUUUACGGACCAAAACCCCCCAAAUAAAUCCUUCCUCCAAAUACACUGUAAAUUCUUGGAGUACCCUCUAGUGGCAGAAAAGAAGAUAUUUGGAAAGAUUGUACUUCACAUACGUAAAAGUCUUUCAGUCACAAAAUCUAAACUAAUAACCUACUUAAAUACUGUAAUUUGUUUAUCUAGAGCUAUUUAUACCUAGAAAUUAAUUUUUUCCUCUAAAUUAUGUUUUUUAUAAUUUAUUGGCAUUUUUGUUGUCUUUCUAACCAUGCUUAACACGCAUUUCUUCAGAAACUACUUACAUAAGUCAGAGUGACCACAUGUAUGCAGUGUGGUUAAGAUAACAGUGGUACUGAGUAAACUUGUCUUGAGACUUAUGAGUAUAUGAAAAUGUAUUUUUCUUUUUUUUCUCAAAAGUGAGAAGAAUAACUGCAUGAGAACACUUGGCCAACAAAACUGCUAGAAAAAUUAAGAAGUGUGGAUACUAGUAGAAAACCUCUGAACUGAAUUAAAAGUGUUAGUUGAGAUUAAAAAACUGAUUGUUGGUGUGUGUCACUCAUGAGACAGCUCUCUCAAAGUUAACUCUGUUGACCAUCACAUAAAUUAUAUCAUUACCUUUAUAUAUGC